AUGAAUACAGCUGGUCACAUUGCAUGUGACUCUGUUUCUCAGUCGGAAAUUGUUGUUCCCAUCGUUGUACCGCGCACGCGCUUGUCAUCUAUGCAUCAGGCCGCAAUUCGUGGCGAAGGCCCCGAGCCUUAUGUGCGUGCAUGGGCGGGGCGUGGUACAGAGAAUGACCACGUCAUUGUGGGUGUGCUUGAUAUCGACUGUGAGUCACCGAACGGCUUUGAUACCGAGGAUGCAAGAGCGUUACAAAAUAUCGUGCAUCGUAUCACUGAAGCCUGUGACUGGUGCAUCGAUUAA